ACACACAUUCCUUGGAGGAACACACAGUACGUUCUGGACCGACAGUUAAAAUAAAACUUUUAACUGGGUUGUGCACCAUCAGGAGACCGUGAUGAACAUAAGGGACUUUUAACCCACAUGACAGUCAUUUUCAUUCUAAAUGGACACUUGCUUUAACCAAGCACAAAGACUAACCUUGUGAAGAAAAUAGCAGUAGUUUCAGAAGAGAUGACCUCCCAAAUCAGAGUGAAGCUGCUGCCGAGUGCCAGAUGUUUGUUCGAUGAGCCCGUUCAGGUGAAGGUGGCCGGGCUGAGGUCGAGGCAGGUGGUCACCAUGAAGGCCAGAUCGACUGAUGAGAAGGGAGUGGUGUUCAGCUCCUCGGCCACCUACAGGGCUGAUGGGAGCGGGGAGGUCGAUCUGGAGAGAGACCCCUCACUCAGUGGGAGUUACGUCGGGGUUGAACCAAUGGGUCUGCUGUGGUCGAUGAGGGCAGACACCUUGCAUAAAAGGUUUCAAAAAAACAGGUCACUAAACCCUCAUGUGGUGAAGUUCUCUUUUCAUGAGGUAGAGGGGGAGGGCAGCGUGCUGGCAGAGGCGACCAAUGAGAGGCUUUUAAUUGGACACGGCGUCACCCGGCUUCCUAUUAAAGAGGGGAAUAUCCGUGGAGUCCUGUUUACUCCUCCAGGUUGGUUUAUGUCUCUGUUGUGUUCUGAAUGGUUUAAUUAUUAAUUUAAAGCAAAA